AAAAGAAACAGCCUUGCGGCCUACAUUUGCUUCCUCUAGCCUAAAAUCAGGUUACGUACCUACGACCAGUCUUAAUAAUUCUAUUACAGGAAGUUACGAGGACACCCUUAUCUACUAUGGAACAAGAUCUAUCAAGCUUUCAAUCUGACGUUACUGCCCUGCAGCCACACUCUUGUAUUUGUUGCCAGAAGCUGCUGAUCCAUAAUAAGUCGACCUAUGGUAGUAUUACAGGCAAGUUUUCCUAUACCAAAGUAGCAGAGAUGGCUUCCUCGGGUUGCCUGCUCUUCCAGACUUUACAAACAAAGUUCGACCGUAUCUCAUAUCCAGCUUGUCGGACACGUCAUGACUUGGCUUUAAAACCACAAAUUUACAGUGAUGGUGAUAUAUUGCGGGGUCUAGGCUUCAAAUGGGAAAUGAAGCCAGAAGAUCAUCAAGUCAGGGGUUACGAGGACGAUGAAGAAGAGAAUAUGUUAUUCGCUUUCGUCCCGGAAGAUAGUCUUGCUCAUAAAUUUGUUGAGGCUUCGCCUUUCAAUUUGCAUCCUGGCUCGGCCGAAAGCUUCGCAUGGAUAAAAAAGCGGUUUCACAGAUGCCGACGCCGUCAUGCCGAAUGCGAAAAACGCGUCAGAGAGAAUCGACAAAACUUGGUCAUGCCGAAGAGACUACUGGAUGUAGGUCAACUCGGUGAUCCCGCCAUCGGGUUGUUGGAAGCAAGUGACGAUGCCAGAGUAUCCUUUGCUAUUGCCAGUUAUGCAUGGGGCAACGGCUUAAAAGCGGACGCUAUACAACGAGCUCAAACGACCAAGAAAAACAUAGGCUACAGAAUGGCUUCUGGAAUCAAAGUCACAGGCCUACCAAAGAGUAUUCAGGACCUCAUCGAAGUCACGCGACAGAUCGGUCAUCGAUACCUUUGGCUGGAUGCUUUCUGCAUCGUCCAAGAUGACAACGACGAUAAAGACCAUCAAUUUAACUCAAUAGCUGAGUUUUACAAGCAGGCAGACAUUCUCAUUUCAGCUGCAAGUGCUUCGGACUGCGGCGAGGGAUUGCUACAAUCCAGAUUAGUUGAUCGGUGUUACGGCUCGAUCUUUGAGUUGCCUUACGAGUGGAAAGUUGAUGGCCACGAGACUCAAGGAUCCUUGCUCUUGUCGGAAAUGGACUUGAACUGUUCCACAGACAAUGAUCCUGUGCAUAUGCGAAUUUGGACAUUUCAGGAACAUCUCGUGUCAUCGCGGGUCAUCAGCUUUGGCUCUCGACAGGUCAAGUGGACAUGCCAGCAAGAAAAGAAUCUUGUCGAUGGUGGCAAUUACUACGACAUGAUAGGUAGCCAGGAGGAAAACCUUGAUAUAGCAUUUUCUCUACCUCGAUAUCCCUCUGAGCCUCUAGUAGAAAAGGACUGGAGGGUUUGGAGUUGGAUGGAGAUCGUUGGGGAAUAUUCAAAGCGUGACUACUCUCGUCUAGAAGACAGGGUCCCGGCGUUUUAUGAAGCUAUAUCACUUUUAGCACCUCGCAUGGGCUGGACAAGAGAUCAGUGUGUUUAUGGGAUAUGGAAAACUGACGCCAGCCGUCAACUUCUGUGGAAGAAAGACAAGCCUCUGACUAUUCAAGAGGUUGAAGAACUUAAAAUUUCCGCAAAGGAUGGAAGACUUGGACCAUCGUGGUCUUGGGCGACAUUGCCUGGCGGAGUUUUCUAUGAUACCCGCUCACAGCUUCGCCAACUGGGCAAUACUAAUCCAACAAUCGAAUUCCAGAAAAUUGAUGAUCAACCGCGAUGCCUCACGAUAGAGGGAUUUAUUCAGGUAGCCGAGUGGAUUGAGGAUUGUACAAUCGACAUAUCAGCCGAGGAUGUCCAGCUCUUUCAAGUCGAUCUGGAUGUCGAAAUGCCACCACAGCCAGUAUUUUUACUUGAGUUGUCCGCAACCUAUACAUCAACAGUCAGCAUGGGGUUAGUUCUGGUAAAGAUUCCAGGAUACCCGACGCGUUUUGAAAGGCGUGGCCGGUUCGAGGCUGUUAAAUUUAAACCAGAUGGAUCACAUAUGCUCUUCUCAAACAAAGGUGGAUCAUUCAAGACGAUUGCGAUAAUCUAGUUUGUAAUUCUAAAGUUCUGUAAGAAAGUUAUUUUGCGCUUCAGAACUAGUUUAUAAAUAAUACAGCUG